UGGUGAUAAUAUUGAAGUAGUAAAAGCUUCGUUGAAUGACCUUACGAUAAAAAAACCUGAUAAAAUUAGAAACUUGAUUGAUAAACCAAAUGGAUUUACUUAUGAUCUUAAGGAGUCGUUGAGCAAGCUACCUUCUAUUUCUUCCACUUCAUCGCAGCAAUCUCUUCCUAUAAUAAAAUAUAAUGAACUGGAUGAAUCGUCUGCCAAGAUCACGAAUCUUCCUAUGACUAAUACUAAUAGUAUAAAUAGUAUAAAAGAAACUGAAAGGCCGACUGAGCUAGCGAUCACCCAAUUUAUAAUAAAAUCAUCUACUAGCACCGAAAUGAUAGAUGAUCAAACAACGACCCUUAAUGAAUCAAUGUUCCCCCCGUCGAAAUCUAUUCCUAUCCCCAAUCGUACCAGUUCCAAAUUAGGUAGCAAUGGCAUUGCGUCCAUUCCCAUACAACAUUCAGGAUCUGCGCCAUCAUUAGCGGCGCCUUCACUCAAUUCUCAUGCACACGCUUUUGUCCCUCGAUCUCCUGCUGUUAAUAACAUGAAUUUAGCAUUUGCUGAUUUGAGCAAAAAUGGAAAAUAUGAUCAUUCGUCUACUGAAGAUGACGAAGACGAGCAGAAAUUUAUUUACACUG